AAAUCACCCCAUGAAGCAGAACAAAACGCACAAACUCGUGUGCAAAGAAUUUAAAGAGACCGGUACAUGCCGGUACAAAGAUGAUUGCAAGUAUCUUCACACAAUAGAUGUUGAUGACGAUAUUAUCUGCAUGAUAUGUAGGAAAGAAUACGAUGAGAAGGUUAUGGCUGAUUGCGGGCAUGCGUUUUGUUUGAAAUGCGCCUUUGACGAGUAUCAAAAAGAUGAUAAAUGCUACAAGUGCAAAAUAAAUACGUAUGGAAGGUUCAAACCGCUGUUUUGAUCGAUCAGAACACCGUUCACCAUACCUUCUGGAACACACGGUGCACAAUGCGGAACCAGACCAAAAUAUUCUUUGCUUAUACCUGGAAAGGGAAUAGAUUUUACCAGUGGCAGUAAACAUUUCAUUUUUGCAGAUUGGUCAGUGUGAGUGAACUCGUACAACUGCAAUUAUCUUUGCUGGACCUUAAUACGUUUAGAGAAU